GUGAUUCAAACCGGUUUAAACAUCAGUGCUGUUCAAGCUUUUGGACGUUUUGUUGAAAUUCCAUUCCAUCUACAAUGUUUUUCCGAGCCGUCUGCCACUAUCCCCGCCUUCAUGUCCGUCCAUUCUUCACCUUUAGACGCACUCUGGACCGCACGAGCCUCCAUCGACCUCUGUACGCCCGCCCCUGGUUCGUUGCCCUUGCACUCCUACCACUUGCAGCCUCGGCAGCAUGGUAUUGGUACACAUAUAAUACAUUCCCACCCGAAGCACGACGACCGCUAAGGAUCGCUAUGGUGAACCAUUAUUAUUCUGAUGCACCUGAGAAAGCUAUCGAGUAUUACGAAAAAGCAAUCGAAAUGUGCCAGCAGUGCGGCCUCUCUCCCAACAGCGCUGAAGUGACGGGUAUCAAGCUCCGACUCGCCGAGCUGUACGAACUAAAGCUAAACCGCCCAUUGAACGCCAUUCGGACUUUUAUGGAGGUUCUGGGCCCCUACGGCAGUGUCGUGCAAGGAGAUGAAAAGGAGAAGGGGACGAGGUUAAAGAAGGCUGUUGGAAUUGCACAGAGAAUUGGGGAUAUUUGUCGAGGGGUGGAGGAUUGGGAAGGGGCUGAAACGUUUUAUGAGUGGUCGGUGAAGACGAUGUUGGGGCUGCACCAAGAUCCGCCAAGAUAUAUUCCACGUAAUCUGGAAACCUCAGCCGGCGAGCGCCCUCCCCACGUAGAAUUUCUCUCCGACGCUGAGCUCUACCCACACACCCAACAAUCACACUACGACGCUCCCCCCAAUCCAGUGAACACUACUCCACCGGCUCCGCAAAAGAAUCUUCAACAUGCACCAUGGGCAAGUCCGAGUGACCUAGGAGCGAGCUUAGAGGCUCUCGCCGGUGUAUAUGCCAUCAAAGGCUGGAACGACCUAGCACUAUCUCUCUACUUCCGCGCACUCAACCUCCUCCCAGCUGACACCUCGCUUGCCCGCACAACACGAACAUGCCGCCAAGCCAUCGUCUCCAACAACAUUGCAGAGUCGUUUGCGUCUCUUGGACGCGUCCCCGAAGCGGAGGAAUGGGCAAGAAAGGCACUGAAAGAUGCCGACAGCGUGCCUAACGAAGAGUGCAGCGAGUGUGCAGCUGUUGUUGAAUGUAAUUUGGGAAUGAUUACCGAGAUGAAAGGAGAAUUUAAAGAUUCUAUAAAGCACUACCUGAAAUGUCGAGAACGUUCAGCCAACAUCAAGUUUUUAAACGGCGUGCGAAUGGCUAGAGAGGGAUUGGACCGAAGCCGUUCAAAGUUACGGGAUACCAGUUGAACAAGACAGAAAAUGGUUUAUUUACAAUCAUGUGUAGAUACACUCGCAAAUGGCAGAAUGCAAUGUCAAGCUUUCCUGUAACCAAUCACACCACAUGCAGCUCGCGGGCCAGCGUUGCCGG